CACACGGGUCUAUCGGGACCGAUCCAAUUCGACCGGAGUGGUCGGCGCACCAACUUCACGCUCUCCAUCAGUGAGCUGUCGGAAGGGGGACUGACCCCCGUGGGCCACUGGACCCCCGCCGGAGGAGUUCGGUACUCCAUAGGGGACAGGAUGACGGAGAUCGAGCGCAGUCUGCGCAACAAGACGCUGGUCGUCAUUACCACUGUGAACGAGCCGUACGUGAUGCUGGUGAACGAGUCGGACCCGUCGCUCACCGGCAACGCUCGCUUCGAGGGUUUCUGCAUUGACCUGGUGAACGCCAUCGCCGAGCUGCGCCACUUCCGCGUGCGUUUCGUCGAGUGCGGCGGCUACGGCGGCAUCGACCCGGUGACCGGCGAGGCCAGCGGCAUGGUCAAGGAGCUCAUGGAACAGAAAGCUGACAUGGCCGUAACCGAUCUCACCAUUACUUAUGAAAGGGAACAAGUGGUUGAUUUCACAAUGCCUUGGAUGAAUUUAGGUAUUGGCAUUUUGUACACGUUACCCCAGAAGGAACCACCGCAGCUGUUCUCGUUUCUGGCACCUCUGUCGCUGGAGGUGUGGCUCUACAUGGCCGCCGCCUAUCUGGGCGUCUCCGUGCUGCUGUUCGUGGUAGCCAGGUUCAGUCCGUACGAGUGGGACGUUCCCCAGCCGUGUCGGGACCAACAGGACGUGCUGGAGAACCAGUUCAGCCUGGCCAACUCCCUCUGGUUCACCAUCGGCUCGCUGAUGCAGCAGGGAUCCGAGAUCGCCCCAAAGGCGCUCUCCACCCGGAUGAUCGCCGGUCUGUGGUGGUUCUUCACUCUGAUUAUGAUAUCGUCUUAUACGGCCAACCUGGCCGCCUUCCUCACCGUCGAGCGGAUGGUGUCGCCGAUCGAGAGCGCGGAGGACCUCUCCAAACAGACCGAGAUCAAAUACGGAGCCCUCGUGUCCGGGUCCACUAAAAAUUUCUUCCGCGACUCCAAGAUCGCCGCGUACCAGCGCAUGUGGGCGUUCAUGAAAUCGGCGCGUCCGUCCGUGUUCAUCAACAAGUCGUCGGAGGGCGUGGAGCGGGUCAAACGCUCCAACGGCCUGUACGCCUACCUGAUGGAGUCGCCGCAGCUCGAGUACGUGCUGGAGCGGAACUGCGAGCUGCAGCAGGUCGGCGGCCUGCUCGACACCAAGAGCUACGGCAUCGCCCUACCGCCCGGUUCACCGUAUACGUCGUCAAUCAGCAACGCAAUUUUAAUUCUGCAAGAAAAUGGAACCCUACAUGCGCUGAAAACCAAAUGGUGGAAGGAAAGGAAAGGCGGCGGAAUGUGCAAGCGGCGCGCCAAGAAGAGUCCGUCGUCGGCCAGCGAGCUGGGCCUGGACCAGGUGGGCGGCGUGUUCGUGGUGCUGCUGGCAGGCAUGGCGGCCGCCUGCGCCGUGGCCAUCGCCGAGUUCGCCUGGAGGGCGCGCCGCCUGGACCCCACCACUCAGGUGUCCCUGCUGGGAGAAAUGGCGCGCGAACUCCAGUUUAUGCUGCGAAGUCGGAGCUCCACCAAACCAGCGCGUCACCGACGCCCCCACAUCAUACUGACGUCCACCGACCUCACUGUGCCGUCACCAUCCACAUCGUGACGUCGCAGGCGUCCGCACAUCAUACUGACGGCAGCCGACCUCGGUGUGCCGCCAACAUCUACAUCAUGACGUCAUAAGUCGCCCCAGCGUCACACUGAUGUCAGCCGACCUCAGUGUGGCGUCACCAUCUCCAUCAGGACAUCCUUACUGUCUGCUCCUAGACGCCAGACAGACAGCUCUGUUCUUGCUGAAGACGCUUAGAAAUUAGAACGCAAAUUCACCUAAAAAUCUGGCAUUAUUCAACACUUCAUACUGCACUUAAAAUAGUAGCGUAGGAUACGUCGUACCUACCCACCAGUCAUUUGGGAUUUGUGUUUUGUAAUUUGAGGUUACCACUUGUCAGACGCGGACAAGUGACAGGUGGAUUGGUAUGUUCUUUACGUUACGGAUUGAACGAUCAGAAAGUCGAGCAACUUUUGUAUGGCUGAUUUCAUUGUGUAGCAAUGGAUGUGCUUUUUGUUAUGUAGCCUGUUGUCGUGGUCGACGUGAAUCAUGAAAACUGAUCAGCUGCGACGUGAUGUUAAUCUAAACACAUGCAAAAUACAUAUUCACUUAACCAAAUACAAA